AUGGAUCCAGUUAAGGCACAGAUGGUCGCGGAACUGGAAAUUGAAAUGAUGACAGACUUGUAUAACCGGUGAGUGAGAUGGAGGCAGUAAAGUAAGGCCUAAAUUUUAGAUUAGAUUUUUCUAGAUUUUCAUUUACUGUUGUCAAGCCUUGGUUAUGUAUAAUACGAGCAAUAUGUUAAGUGUGCGGAAAAGACAUCACUGUAAAUGAGUAUCACACCAAGUGUCUGUCAACUGAAACUCAAGGUUGGUAUUCUUCAUACAGCUGUACAAGCUUUUAAGACGAAAUGGAGAACAGUGAGAGACAGGAAAUUAUGGCUGACAGAGGAAGGGAAACUGUGUCAUUAAAAGACAUCCUUGUACAUUUCCUCUCUUUGUAUGCAGACAAACCUCAACCCAUUUGACCAAAAACAUACACGUUUUAAGGGCUAUUCCCUUUUUCUAUACAUACCCUCUCCUUCCCCCACCCCCCUCACCGUUAUUGACGAAAUUUUCUGAAGAGGUAUGAAAAAAUGGAACUCCUGCAGAUUGUAGGACAGAAGAGAAGAUUUCUAUAGGGGAAGUAAAAGAAAAGCAGAUAUAUGUUUAUUAGCACAUUUUUCUGACUGCAUUUUUUAGGCUGAGAAUCUACUCAGUGUCUACUGCCAUCUUGCCCUGAUUACCUAUGAUGCAACUAAUAGGAUGAAUCCCUCUAUUGACCAAGAUAAUUUCCCAGUGGUUUUCCAGUCAAACGUUCUUAUACCAUGCAUCUUUUUCAGAUUAACAGUAGCAUGUCAGAAGAAGUGUAUAUCCCCUAAGUACAAGGAAGGUGAUCUAACAAAAGGAGAGUCAGUGUGUUUAGAUCGGUGUGUUGCCAAGUAUUUGGAGAUUCAUGAUCGAAUUGGCAAGAAACUAACAGCAAUGUCCAUGCAGGAUGAAAAAUUGAUGAGUCAGCUUCAAGGACAAGGGCAAUCUAGCCAGUAG